CCUUGCCGCCAUAUUUGAGUUCCGGGUAGCCGAAGGGAGGAGAGUUAUUCCUGGGCUUCCGUCCUGGUUGCCGGUUCCUUAGGCGGGGGUGGGGGGAACACCUGGAUGCAUCCGAAGCAGGACAUGGAGCCAGUGACCUUUGAGGAUGUGGCUGUGAACUUCACUCUAGGAGAGUGGACUAUGUUGGAUUCUAGUCAAAAGAAGCUCUACAGAGAUGUGAUGAAGGAAACCUUUAUGAACCUGCUCUCCAUAGGGAAAACAGAAGAAGAAGAUAUUGAAGAGGAGUACCAGAAGUAUAAGGGAAACCUGAGAACCCUGGUGGUUGAGAGACUCAGUAAAUAUGAUCACGGUAGUCAGAAUGGAGAAACCCACAGACAGAGCCCAGAGCGUGUUGUAAAUGAGAAAAUGCCUCCUGCAAUAACUGACUGUGAAAGAGACUUCAAUGCUCAUUUACCCUCCGGUACAUAUGCCAAAAGUCAAACUGUAGAGAAACCAUACCAGUAUCAGGAGCAUAUGGAGAAGGCUUUUAAAUUUAAGAAAUGUUGGAAGGAUUUCACUUAUACUGAGUUACUUCGGAUGCAUAAAAGUCCUCCUAUGAGACAGAAACCCUAUGAAAGCAAACAAUCUAAUGAAGCCUGUAGGAGUUUCACUUCUGAUCACGAUUAUGAAGGAAAUUGCACCGAAGAGAAAUCCUAUGUUUGUAAACAGUGUGGGAAAGCAUGGAGUGAUUCCUGUAGCCUUCUCUGGCAUGAAAAAAGUCACAUUCAAGAGAAACGUCACACGUGUAAGCAAUGUGGAAAAGCAUUUAGUCGUCCCUCACAACUUCACAAACAUGAAAGAAUCCACACUGGUGAGAAACCUUAUGUUUGUACACAUUGUGGAAAAGCAUUCAUUGAUCGUAGAACCUGUUACAAUCAUGAAAGAACUCACACUGGAGUGAAACCCUAUGCUUGUAAACAGUGUGGGAAAGCAUUUCUUCGUUCCUGCCAACUUCUCAUCCACGAAAGAAUUCAUACUGGAGAGAGACCUUUUGUGUGUAAACAUUGCGGAAAGGCUUUCACCUACUCCAGUGCUUGUUAUUAUCAUGAAAGAAUUCACACUGGAGAGAAGCCCUGUGUUUGUAAGCAAUGUGGAAAAGCUUUUAAAUGCUCUGCAUACCUUCACAUUCAUGAAAGAUCUCACAGUGGGGAAAAACCCUAUGUAUGUAAGCAUUGUGGAAAAGCCUUUGCUUAUGCCACUGGAUGUCACAAGCAUGAAAGAAUCCACACUGGAGAGAAACCAUAUAUGUGUGUGCAGUGUGGGAAACUAUUCAGUUUCCCCAGAUCCCUACACAUACAUGAAAGAUCUCACAGUGGAGAAAAACCCUAUGUAUGUAAGCAGUGUGGGAAAUCUUUCACUCAGGGAACUUCUUUGAGAAGACAUGAACGAAUUCACACUGGAGAAAAACCGUAUGUAUGUAAACAAUGUGGGAAAGCCUUCAUCCAACGUGAUGAUUGUUAUAGUCACGAACGAACUCACACUGGAGAGAAACCAUACAUGUGUGUUCAAUGUGGGAAAACAUUCACUUUUUCUAAAUCCCUUCUAAUACAUGAAAAAAAUCACACUGGAGAAAAACCGUAUAUAUGUAAGCAGUGUGGGAAAGCAUUUACCUGUUCCACGUACCUUCUCAGACAUGAAAGAACUCACAGUGAAAAACUUAGUGGAUGCUGCAAUAAAUCUAGCAGCUGGAGGGGCACAACAGUCUGGGACACAGACAUGUUGCUUGAACAAGGCAGGUUUGCCAUCCAGCAAAAUGGAUAUCCUCCUCAAGUGUAUGAUCAGAUUAACAUUACCACAAGAGCAUGGAAGACCUUACCUAAUAAAGGGGAGGUAAUUGGUAAUUUGACUAAGAUCCUUCAAGGACCUAUGGAGCCUUUUUCUGAUUAUGUGGCUAGGAUGGUAGAAGCAACAGGAAAGAUCUUUGGUGACCUGGACAUCACUAUGCCGUUUGUCAAGCUGCUAGUGUAUGAACAAUGUACCCAGGAGUGCAGAGCGGCUAUCACCCCAAAUAAAAAUAGAGGAUUAGAAGUCUGGAUGAGAGCAUGUAGAGAAUUAGGAGGUCCAUUAGCCAAUGCCGGACUGGCAGCUGCAGUACUUAGGUUGAGCAAAAAUGGGGGCAAUGCAGGAACUUGCUUUCGAUGUGAAUAUCCGGUAGUCUUUCCAAAAAUCACUGCCUUACGGCCCAUUCCAGGAGCCAGUGUUAUAUUUACAGAUGAAUCUAAGACUGGCUAUGGUGCUUACAUGGUGGACUCAGCAGAACCUGUUAAAUAUCAGUUUUCUCCUGGAGCUCCUCAGCAAGUGGAGCUAGCAAUCGUGGUUGAGGAUCAUUUGGACCCUAUUUGGGUACCAGAGCGCUUGGUGAGAAAAGUACAAGUGCAGAGGAACAACAAACAAGAUGAAGCCUCAGACUGUGAUCCUACUGAUGGUGACGGUCCUGAUGUCCACGUUGCUGUGGUGAUGAGAGUUCCCACAUAUGUUCCCAUCCCAGUCAGAGUUGAUACCGGUACCUUCCCAAUCGCUCAUUUGCUCAGAACAAAACGAGACUUUGGGAUAACAGCAGCCCUAGUCUCCGCAAUUGCUGUAUCUGCUGCAGCUGCCAUGACAGCUGCUGUUGCCAUGGCUGCAACAACUCAGAUUGCAGAGACAGUUAAUGAAAUCAUGGAGAGGACAGCCUACACCAUGACCACUUUGAAAUCUAUCGAUGGUCAUUUAAAAGCUGGCAUUUUGACAGUACACCAAAGAGUAGACCUCUUGCAAGAGCAAGUGGAUGAUUUAGUAACCUUAACCAGUGUAGUAUGUAUUCAUUCCCUCUCCUCUUUAUGCAUUACUUCUAGAUUGGCUGAGAAUUUUACAAAGAACGGUAACCUGAGCUGGCAGCUGAGCGCAUACCUCCAGGGAAACUGGAGCAAGGAGUUCGAGAACCUGACGGACACCUUGAUCAACCAGAUUAUUUCCCUGAAUGCCACAUGGCUGGAAUUACCUACUGCUAAUGCUUUUCUUAAUAUGCUGAAACGAACUUCUAGUUAUUUUAAGGAGUGGGCGGGAAUAGGAGCCCUGACAGGCCUAAUGGUGCUUUCCUCCCUGUGCUACGACUACUUUGACCAGGAGACCAGACUCCAAUCCUGCCCCUUUCCUGGGAAGCCGCUUCAUCCCUGUUCUCCCAGGCGGAGUCCGUACCACCUUGAGCCUCUGCAGAAACUGCAGCGCUGGCAGGAGCCAGUGACCUUUGAGGAUGUGGCUGUGAACUUCACUCUAGGAGAGUGGGCUUUGUUGGAUUCUAGUCAAAAGAAGCUAUACAGAGAUGUGAUGACAGAAACCUUUAUGAAUCUGAUCUCCAUAGGUAAAACAAAGGGAAAAGAAAAUAUUGAAGACAACUACCAAAAUCUCAGGAAAAAUGUGAGGACUCAGGUGGUUGAGAGAAACUGUGACUAUGGUGAUGACAGUCUGUGUGGAGAAACCCAGCAACAGAUUCCAGAGCCUAUUGUUCAGAGAGACACGCCUCCCGCCAUGACGAUAUUUGAAAACAGUGUGCUUGCAAGAGACAUUAUUGUUCAUUCACCCUCACGUGUGCACCUCAGAUGCGAAAUUACAGAGAAACCAUAUGGGUCUCGGGAACAAGUGGAGAAAGCUUUUACACAUGAGAAAUGUUGGAAAGAUUUAACUUAUUCUGAGUUCUUUCAGGCAAAUCAAAGUCCUCCUAGAGAGACAGCCGAUCAAAAUAAGCAAUCUAAUGAAGUCUGUAGGAGUCUCAAUUUUGAUCCGCGUUGUGAGAGAAUUCACACUGGAGAUAAACUCCAUGAAUGGAAGCAAGUGGAGAGAGCCUUCUGGAGGUACAGUUAUGGUCAAAUAUAUGAAAGAAUCACCAUUGGAGAGAAACCAUUUGUGUGUGCGCAGUAUGACGAAACCUUGGUUAAUUCCAGUCACCUUAUUAAACAUGAACUAAUUCACCCCGAAGAGAAAUGUUAUACAUGUAAGCAGUGUGGGAAAGCAUUCAGAUAUUCCUCAUCCCUCCAGAACCAUGAAAGGAUUCACAGUGGGGAGAGGCCAUAUGUAUGCAAGCAGUGUGGAAAAGCAUUCAUUCGUUCCUAUGACCUUCUCAUCCAUGAAAGAAUUCACAGUGGAGAAAAACCUUACACUUGUGAGCAUUGUGGAAAAGCUUUUACCCAUUACAGUGGCUGGUACAGUCAUGAAAGGAUUCACACCAGAGAGAAACCCUAUGUUUGCACACAGUGUGGUAAAGCAUUUUCAUGUUCUACAUCUUUUCGGAGGCAUGAAAGAAUUCACACCGGUGAGAAACCUUAUAUAUGUAAGCACUGUGGAAAAGCCUUCACCCAUUCCAGUGCCCGUUACAUUCAUGAGAGAAUUCACACUGGAGAGAAACCCUAUGUUUGCAAGCAUUGUGGGAAAGCAUUUCUUCGUGGGAGCCAUCUUCACAACCAUGAGCGAAUUCACACUGGAGAGAAGCCCUAUGUUUGCAAGCAUUGUGGGAAAGCCUUCAUCCAGCGUGACGCUUGUUAUAAUCAUGAAAGAAUUCAUACUGGGGAGAAACCAUAUGUAUGUAAGGAAUGUGGGAAAGCGUUCAGGAUUUCCACAUCCCUUCGUGAUCAUGAAAGAAUUCAUACUGGAGAAAAACCUUAUGUAUGUAAUUAUUGUGGGAAAGCAUUUAGGGUUUCCACAUGCCUUCACAAACAUGAAAGAGCUCACAUGGAAAAGAAACCCAGUGGGUAGAGCCUAAAUCCGUGUACAUCAUGUGGAAUUGUCUUUGAUCAACUUGCUGUUGUUGUGGGGUAUGAAAAAAAUAGUGUGGAGGGCCAGUGAGAAGGCUGAGGGUAAAAGCGCUCGCCAUCAAGCCUGAUAGAGUUGGAUCCUCAGAACCCAUGUGAGGAGAGAGAACUGAGUCCCCAAGGUUUUCCUCUGACGUGCACACAUGUGCCAUCAUUUGCAUGCACAAUCUCCCACACAUAUAUAAAUAAAUGGGAUAUUUUAAAAUACUUUUUUUAAAAUUUUGGUUUUUUCAAGACAGGGUUGGUUUCUCUGUGAAGCCCUGUCUGUCCU